UAAGCACCCCAUUGUACGAGGCUUACAGACCUGGAGAGAUACCCAGAGCAUCACCCCAGUAACAAUGGCGUCGGCGCUCCGCCUGCUGCCGUCGACGGCGACGCGCCUCCGCUUUCGUCCCCGCCUCCCUCUCUCCACCGCCGCGUCACUCUUCUCACCGCCCUCCAAGGCCGUCCUCUACGACCAACACGGCCCUCCCGACCAAGUCCUCAGGGUGGAAGAUGUGCCGCCGGUGGAGCUCGGGGAGCGCGGCGUCUGCGUGAAGAUGCUAGCCGCACCCAUCAACCCCUCCGACAUCAACCGCGUCCAGGGCGUCUACCCCGUCAGGCCUCCCCUCCCCGCCGCCGUCGCUGGGUACGAGGGCGUCGGCCAGGUCCACGCCGUUGGCCCCGCCGUCACCCGCCCCCUCUCCCCCGGCGACUGGGUCAUCCCUUCCCCGCCCUCCUUUGGAACAUGGCAGACCUACAUUGUGAAGCCUGAAGAUGUGUGGCACAAGGUUCGUGACGAUGUUCCGGUGGAAUACGCUGCCACUGUCACGGUGAACCCCUUGACAGCGCUCAGGAUGCUGCAGGACUUUGUGAAACUCAAACCUGGUGAUGCUAUUGUCCAGAACGGCUCGACCAGCAUCGUUGGUCAGUGUGUUAUUCAGCUCGCCAAAGUGCAAGGAAUUCGCACCAUCAACAUCAUAAGGGACAGGCCUGGGUCAGAAGAAGCAAAAGAGAAACUUAAACAGCUUGGUGCAGAUGAGGUCUUCACCGAAAGUCAGCUAGAUGUAAAGAAUGUCAAGAGCUUGCUGGGUGCUUUACCAGAACCUGCAUUAGGAUUUAACUGUGUUGGAGGAAAUGCUGCAUCUUUGAUACUGAAGUUAUUAAGGCAAGGAGGCACCAUGGUGACAUAUGGCGGAAUGUCCAAGAAACCUGUGAUUGUUUCUACUUCGUCUUUCAUAUUUAAGGAUCUUUCCCUCAGAGGGUUCUGGCUACAGAAGUGGAUGAAUUCGGACAAGUCAGAGGAAUGCAGAACAAUGAUAGACUACCUGUUGGGCCUUGUGCAUGAAGGCAAACUUAAAUAUGAGAUGGAGUUGACUCCCUUCAGCGAGUUCAACCUGGCUCUUGAUAAGGCCCUUGGAAAACACGGAAGCCAACCAAAGCAGGUUCUUAGGUUCUGAUGAGACGAAGAUGAUGAUGAGGUAGCUAGUAUUGUGUUGGCUGGUGCAAAUAUUUGUAUGGUCGUAUCACUUGUGUGCAUGCGUGUGUGUAGUUGCUAGUCGGUGGUUGAGAGUUUUUUUGGUUUGCUAUGAACUGUGGUUAUCCUGGGCAAUAUAAAUAUAAAUUGUAUACCACAAGGUAUAUGAUUGUACUCAAGUUCGAAAGAAGUAUACCUGAACCGAAGAAGUUCAGUUCCUUCUA